AUGUGGUCCAAAAAUAUACUGACGGGGCUGAUCGCCCUAGCGAGUGUCACUUCCCCCCUCGCAUCUUCCGCAGAGAUCACCUAUCACCGAGAGUACCUCUACGUGGGAGGCCAAUACGUGCAAAAUGCAGACGGCGAUCAUUUAUUCUCCGAUCAGAUGUACGUGGAGAAGCUAACGCCCUCCGGGGGAGUAUCAAAGCCACACCCGGUCGUGUUUAUCCAUGGCCAGGCGCAGACCGGUACCAACUGGCUCAAUAAACCCGACGGCGGUCGCGGAUGGGCCUCGUACUUCCUCGAACAGGGGUAUGAAUGCUACCUGCUGGACCAGACCUUCCGAGGCCGCAGUCCUCGGCUGCCUGACAAUGGCAUUAUGAAGACCUACAGCGCAGAAAAUCUGCAGCAGCUGUUCACGGCGCCCAAACGGUACAUGCAAUGGCCCCAGGCAGCGCUGCACACGCAGUGGCCCGGCGCCGGGGUCAUGGGGGACCGGAUCUUUGACACCUACUACGCCUCGACUGUCGACUUCUUCGGCUCGGCAGUUGGCCAGCAGACCUCCGUGCAGCGCGCCGGGGCGGCCUUGCUCGACCUCAUCGGUAAAAAAGUGAUCUUGUUCUCGCACUCGCAGGGUGGCAUCAUGCCCUGGAUCCUCACUGAUGUGCGGCCCCAUCUCGUGCAUGCCAUCAUGUCGCUGGAACCGUCAGGGCCGCCCUUUAGCGGGGUCAGCGUCAACCGCACCGCGCUGGCGUAUGGCCUGUCCGACAUCCCUAUCACCUACUCUCCUCCGGUCUCCAAUCCCGAAACCGACUUUGUGUUGAAGACGUUACCCAGCGAUUCGCCGGAUAACCGCACCUGCGUUCUGCAAGCCGACGACCCGGCGCCCCGCAAACUCACCAACCUGCAGAAGGUGCCCGUGGCGGUGUUGACUACCGAGUCCUCCUAUCAUGCACCCUACGACUGGUGUACGGUCCGCUUCCUGCAACAGGCGGGCGUGAACGUCGAGCAUCUGGAGCUAGGAGAGCUCGGUAUCCAUGGUAAUGGCCACAUGGUCUUUCUGGAGAAGAACAGCGACGAAGUGGCGGGUCUGAUCCAGAGGUGGAUCGAGAAGCAUUGA